GUGAAAUGUGACUCUUUCCAUUGCCAGCUAUAAAUAUGUUUAAAGUGUAAACAUGGGGGUUACGUUUCACUGGGCUAAGCAGUAUUCCUCUUUAUCUAUUCUUGUAUCUCUUCCUGGCUUUGCUCCCCUUACUUUCGCCCCCUAUAUCUUAUAUUCCUGUCUCCAUUUUGAUUUUUAAAUGUCUUUUCAGGUUCUCCUACUGGAUUUAAGAAUGUUGGGCACAGCAGGAAACAAGUGCAAUGCUGUAAUGCGAGGCCUCCUCCUUUGCCUUCUAUUGAGCACCAUCAUGUUUCUACUGUAUUGCUCGAUGUUGCCAACCCAAGUGGAUAUUAGAGGUUCCCAAGAGGACACUUGUGCUCUAAACAUGGCCAACCCGCUGAACAAAAACCUGCCCUGGCCUUCUCGAAGGCUCCAGACGGACACGUGCUCGCCCUCGGGGAACAUUAUGUUCAUGAAGACGCACAAAACAGCCAGCAGCACGCUCCUCAACAUCCUCUUCCGCUUCGGAGAAAAACACAAUCUCAAGUUCGCCCUCCCCGACGGUCGCAACGAUUUCUUCUACCCGUCGCCCUUCAGCCGCUGGCAGGUGAAGAGCUACCAGCCCGGCGAGUGCUUUAACGUGGUGUGCAACCACAUGCGCUUCGACCCCGGGGAGGUGGCGGCGCUGCUGCCCCCCGACGCCGCCUACGUCACCAUCCUGUGCCACCCGGCCCGCCUUCUGGAGUCGGCCUUCCACUACUACGGGAGGGCCGUGCCGCUCACCUGGAGUAUAGGCGGCGACGACAAACUGGAGGAGUUCCUCAGGAGUCCUCGGACCUUCUACAGGGCUCACGCCUACAACGCCUUCUACCUGAAGAACUUGCUCUUAUUCGACUUGGGCUCGGACAACAACCUGGACGCGGACCAUCCCGGCGUGACGGAGACCAUUCGGAGUUUGUCCCGAAGGUUCCACCUGGUGCUCAUCGCAGAAUAUUUUGACGAGUCGCUCAUCCUGCUCAAGGAGACUCUGUGCUGGAGCAUGGAGGAUAUUUUGUACUUCAAACUCAACGCUCGCGCGAGCUCGUCCAUCACCCAUAUGAACCCGGAGUCCAGUGACCGGGCUCUGGGGUGGAACGGCGCUGACUGGAGGCUCUACCGACACUUUAACGCCACCUUGUGGGACAAGGUGGAGGUGUACGGGCGGGAGAGGAUGAAGCGGGACGUGGCCGAGCUCCGGCAGAGGAACGCCGACAUGAGAGCGCUUUGCCUGGAAGGCGGAGAGGCGGUGGAGGCACCCCGCAUCCGAGACCGCCGCUUUCUGCCCUGGCAGCCCCUGGGAGGCAAGUCCAUCCUGGGGUACAACUUGAGGAAAGACAUACGUCCCGAAUUGAGGACCGUGUGUGAGAAGAUGCUCACGCCAGAGAUACAAUACUUGGCAGACUUGGGGGUCAGUCUGUGGCUUACGAGACUGUGGGGGUGGUUAAAAGAUGUUCUUUACUGAUAUUAUACCUUGACAUUGGAGUGCCCCAACGUAUGGGUUUUUCAAGUAAUGAGCCACCGCGUCGCCGCUUUUCUGGAUUGUGUUGCAAGCCAAAUGUGACUUACUGUAAGAGUGAGCUUCAGUUAGGCAGCUGCUCGAGUUAAGUAAAAAAAAAAAGAGAACUACAGUCACUGAUGGACUUGCAGCCAUUCGCUGAACGGGACAAGCAGCCAAACACACACAUACAAAAUCAAAAACACCCACAAGGAAAGGAGUAGGUUUAAUUUGUUCAGUGACCAAGCUCGUAACUCAAAAAAAAUAAAAAUAAUGACUCAUAAUUCGACUCAUUGUUCAAAAAACCUGUGAAUUUGGGCACUCAUACGUCAGUGUACAACUAGAUAAUAUUGCUUCAAGGAAACAUGAUUUUGGUUCAUCAUUUAAAACAGGUCCCAUAUGUGUUAUUAAUAACAUGUCUCAACACUUUACACCAGGGAAGGUUUUUCUAAGUAAGGUUUGGUUUCAAAAUUGAGUUUCAAGCCAGGGUUCAUGUUCAUAUUAGUGUUAGUGUUUGGACUGAGGGUUUGAAAAUAUGGUGUCAAGCCAUGGUUAGGUAAAACCAUAGUUUAAAACAACUAGAGUUCAACUUUAAAAUUGUGGUUGCAAGUCAAGUGUUAUAAAGUAUAAAAUGAUUUCUUUUGAGAAUCCUUGAGAUACAAAUACAGAAUACAAAACUAUAGUCAGUCAUGUUGAGUAAAAUGAAACGAAAUACAAGCUUACCGUUGUAAGAAAAGUGUUAGUUUCGAAAGGACGCGAUAGUUUAGAAUUCCCGUGUGAAAGUGACGUAUUCUUCUUCUGUAACUAAAAGCAAAGAGAAACAGCGCCACAGAUGGUAAGAUCAGUUCAGUGGCCGUAAAGAAUAUUACAGCCGUAGUGUUUGGAGGACGGCCAUUGACAAUGGAUGGAAUUCGGUGAAGGAAGUUUUGGCUUUUGUGGUGGGAAGCAAAAAGCAAAGUCAGGCGAGUGCACCACUACAC